AUGCGUCCAUCGACUGGUGUCCAAAGGUCAUCUUUGCUCACGACUCGUGUACGGACUGUGGCACAAUUUGCAAAUGAACAAGCAGGAUCCGCACGUGGCCUUAUUUACUCCGCGACUGCAGACUUUCGACACGACUCGAUCCCUACGGCGCGAGAUGCACUCAUUGCGCAGGGCACCAAUCUUAGUGUGGUGUUCGAUGCGACGGAGGACAAAGGGUGGUUUACGGACGCCAGAUUGGCAGAUUACGAUGUACUCCUGUUCUUGAUGAAUACAGGCGAAGUACUUGAUGAUGAUGGCAAGGCGGCACUGCAGAAAUACUUGAAUCUCGGUGGCAACUUCGUCGCGAUUCACUCGGCGUCAGAUUGUCUAAGGAACACUACAUUCUACGGGCAGGAGGUUGGAGCGUUUUUUGACUACCACCCCGAGAUCCAGAAUGCAACUGUAGACGUGAUCGGUGCUUCGCAUCCCAGUACAAGUAUGCUGCCUACUCAAUGGCAUAUCCAAGACGAAAUGUACAAUUUCAAGUCUGACCCGAGAUCGGUGGGUGCCGUGGUUGUUCUCUCGGCAAACGAGUCCUCCUAUACAGACCCUGGCCCUCGGAAGUUCAAUCAAGGCACCCCACAUCCGACGGCUUGGUAUCAAGAACAUGGAGCUGGUGUCGAGAGCGGCGCAACUGCAGGACGAAGCUUCUAUACCAGCUUGGGACAUCUCAAUCAGACUUGGCAGGAUAAAAUGUUCCUCGCCCAUAUCGGCGGUGGGAUCACUUGGGCGUUGCAGUCAAACACGACAAGAGCAUUCAAUGGGAAUGGGCAAGUGGGGAAUCCAAACCGUGUGUCUUCCACUUCGGCAGCCGGAUCGAGCACGGCUUCCAGUCCCACGUACGUCUAUCUUCUAUAG